AUGUCAUCCGUGCUGGACGGACUGUCCGGCCUGCCCAUCGCGGCUUGGGCUGGUGUCGUAGUCGCUGCUGUCCUCCUUGUGCACUUCGUGCCGUUCAUUGCCGACCCAUUCGGGGUUCGCUCGUAUCCUGGGCCUUUCCUCGCGAAGAUCUCCGACGCAUGGCUGGGUUGGGUGGCGGCACAGGGCCAUCGCUCGGAAGUCGUUCAUGAGCUGCACCAGAAACACGGCAAGUUCGUGCGGAUCGCACCCAACCACGUCUCGAUCAGCGACCCCGACGCGCUCCAGGUCGUCUACGCGCACGGCAACGGCACGCUCAAGUCCGUCUUCUACGAUGCGUUUGUUUCCAUCCAGCGCGGUCUCUUCAACACCCGGUCCCGCCCUGAGCACGCGCGCAAGCGCAAGAUCGUCUCGCACAUCUUCUCGCAGAAGAGCGUGCUCGAGUUUGAGCCCUACACGCGCAUGCACGUCCAGAAGCUGCUCAGGCAAUGGGACCGCCUUUACGAUCUUGCCGUGAAGGGCGGCUCGGGCGAGGAGGGUGAAGGCUGGAAGGGCUAUGACGGCCGCCUCUGGCUCGACAGUCUUCCGUGGUACAACUACCUCGCGUUUGACAUCAUCGGUGACCUCGCAUUCGGUGCACCCUUUGGUAUGCUAGACGCCUGCGCCGACGCCGCGCCCGUCGCCAUCUCGCAAGAGAAGGCAAUGGCGUCCUACGGCGACGACAACUCGCCUGAGAUCACGUACUUUCCUGCCGUGCAGAUUCUCAACGACCGUGGCGAAUACUCCGCGUCGCUCGGCGUGCUCCCCCCGCACUGGCGCCCCCUCGUCAAGCUCAUCCCGUGGUACCGCAAGGGCAAUGAGGCCGUGCAGCGUCUGGCAGGCAUCGCGAUUGCGCAGGUGGCUAAGCGGCUGACGGUACCCACUGACCGGGCGGACCUGCUUGGCAAGCUUCAGGAGGGCAAGGAUGAUGAGGGCAACCCGAUGAGUCGGGAGGAGCUCACCGCCGAGGCGCUCACGCAGCUCAUCGCCGGUUCCGACACCACCUCCAACUCGUCCUGCGCAAUCACGUACCACCUUGCCGCGAACCCGCUUGUGCAACAGAAGCUCCAGCGUGAGCUUGAUGAGACGCUCGGCAACGAUGACGACUCCGUGUCGACGUUUGAACAGGUCAAGCGUCUGCCGUACCUCGAGGCGGUCAUCAACGAGACCCUCCGUAUCCACUCGACCUCUGGUAUCGGUCUCCCGCGGGUUGUUCCUGAGGGUGGCUUGACGGUAUUGGGCCGGUACUUCCCGGAAGGAGUUGUUCUGUCUGUCCCGACGUACACGAUCCACCGCGAUCAGGCCGUGUGGGGUGAGGAUGUCGAGGCGUUCCGUCCCGAGCGCUGGUUUGAGCGCGACGAGAAGGCGAUCCAAAAGACUUUCAACCCGUUCUCUUUCGGACCAAGGAGCUGCGUCGGACGUAACCUGGCCAGCAUGGAGUUGCUUAUCAUAAUCUCGUCCAUCUUGCGCCGGUACCACUUCGUCCUGGAGGACCCGGAUAUGAAGCUUGACACAAAGGAGGGGUUCCUGCGGAAGCCUGUUCAGUGCAGGGUCGGCAUCAAGCGCAGGACUGCAUAA